AUGCGCGCUCCACUGCCGACUGCGCCGCUCACACAGUCGCUCUUUUGCCUUGCCCGCAGGUGGGUCCGCCACUGGGCCAAGAAGCGUCACGUGCAAAGCACACACUACAGCAUCGGGGACGCAGAUUCCGCGCUCUACAGGCAGGUAGUGCCGGGAGACAUCCUGGCGAAUCGCAGGAGGCUGCCCAAUCGCAAGCUGAGGCCCAGGGAGUUCAGGCUGGCCGCCUGUGCAAACGGAGGCUUCCGUUUGCGAGCGCCUUACCCGCCGAACGUUAACGUAACUCUAGCUCCAUACCCGCGCAAUGUGGCUGGCGUGCAGUCGGACCGCCAGAAGAUGGGCCACAUCGAGUUCCCGCAGCAGUACAAGGGGGUAAAGUACGUUACCUUGAAGCGCCCAGUGCCGUAUCCGCGCGGUUCGGGCGCAUACGGGUUUGACGUCAAUCGCAUUCUGAUACCCCUGAUGCCGUCGUUGCUCCAGCGCACCGGGCUACUGCGACCACUGGACGUCUGGAAACACGUGCAUGAGAGCGCCACUAGUGUUUCCAUGGAGGUUGCUGGCCACUUUGGGAGGGCAGCGCCGCCGUCGGCCGACUGGCGUGCCAGGGUGGUGCCAGAAUCCGCAUCCAGCACCGAAGAUGGCAGCGCUCGCGCAACAUCCGCGUUGUGCUACCAGGUAUCGGAAGGCAAAGCUGACAUACAAGCCCUAUUUCGUCGCGUGGAAUUCAUAGCCAGUAACGUACGCAGCUUCAGCGUUAACGAAGUCAUGUUGCUGUGCCACGUGCUGGCCAGUCAUGCAGUCUCAUACUCGACGUGGUUCCGCGUAAACUGUGCCGAGCUGACGGUGCUGACGACGACGUGCCACCGGCACCUGUUGGCAAAUGUGGCCACGAUGACCAUCGAGCAACUGCACUGCUGCCUCGUUCUGUUCGAGGUCAUGGCGGCGCGCUAUCCGAUUUUCAGGCUCGAAUAUGGGCGGUUCCAGCAGUUGGUGAUGGGCAGGCUAUGCGCGGCGUCGUCUGCUGAUGCCUUCGCGAACGAUGCACUGAGCGUGCCGCCACCGAGGGACGAUGGUUCAUCCGAGGUUGCCGUCCGCAAGCUCAGCAGUAAGGUGCAACGCGUCUACCGUCGCGUAUUCCCCUAUUUCGAGGCGGUGAACAUUCGCCAUGGCGCCAGCAGAGCUAACACUGCGCACCUUGUCGAGGCCGCGGCUUGCAUUCAACGCCAACAUGCGUCGUCCGCAUUCCAAUGGGGGCCAUUCAACGCCUUGUGCGCGAACAUGAAGCAGCUGCUGCGUAACGCGGAACUGUUCUCACUCCAAAGCACCAUGGAUUUCGUGGCGCUGUUGCACCGGAACGCUUCCAUGAGCAAGGACGCCGUGCGCUUGGAUGCCGAGCAGGUCCACGUGCUUGCAAAAAAGCUGGCUGAGCUCAACGUGGACUCUUAUAUGGUGAUUCCAAAGGAGGACGGUGAACUCCCGCUGCCAGAGCUUGUGGAUCAGUGCGUCACCAAGUUGUUUGCGGUCUGCCUCGAGACCCCGCCCCUGAUGUGCCUGACCGACUGCCUUUUGGCGCUGAUAGAAAACGGGAUGUUGAACGACCAUUUGAAGUUGCUGCUGCUGCCAUACGUUUCGAGCUGCAUUUUGCAUCACCGGAACCGCGUGGAUGACCUGCUGUUAUUGGUUCCACACCGCUGGUUGCAGCCCCCGCACUGGUUGCCGUUUUGGGUGGUCUACACGUCGGCGCUGCUGAGCUCUCCGAGGCAUCAAAAUGGUGCGAAUAUUAAGUUUUUGAGCCUAAUGUGUGACGCAAUAUCCUCGUAUCUGUCGGGGCUGUCAACGGGGAUAUCAGGCAAUCACGCAGGAACAGCCUCAGGUCAACCGGCCACGGGCCCGUGUUCUGCAAUCGGCACUACGGACGAAGAGCCUUCGUCAGCAGCAGCGCCGCAUUCUGAUGCGUUAAACGGGGUAUCGCAAGGAUACCGUUGGCUGGGACAACUGGAUGAAGUUAGCCUGCUGAACAUCACCGACACCGAGGACCUCGACUGCACGUCGUCGUUGCCAGCGUUGCUUGAAAAGCGGUUCGGAGUGCCGCCACACCAGGAAGGCGUACUGGGUGGGUUCGUGGCAAGCCUAUCUGCACUGCAAGAAGUUGUUGGCACGGUCGUCCAGAGAGGAUCUGGACCUGCGGACCAAACGUCUGCAACACCUUCCCACAAACAGGGUUCACGCAAGGACGACAACCCGGGCGUCAGCCUCCAAUCAUCGCAAAAUGGAAAUAAAAAUGCAGAAAAACAUUAUGCCGGCCGGUUGAUGCCAGAUCGCAAUGUCAAGGAAACCGAUACUAUUUCGUUACACAGGGGUACGCAGCCCGGCGUGGCUUCCACGCAAGCGCAGAUGGCGCUAGGCGGAGCUGACGAUACACGUUUCGAGCCGAGCAUAGCAUCUGAUGAGUCGGCAGGCAGCCUGUACGAGCUGCGUCGUGCGCAUGAUAUCCUGUGCCUGCGCAUCAGCAUCCUGCAGCGGCAGCUGGACAGUAUAGUUUAA